AAAAGAAAGAAUUUAAACUCAGAUAUCUGCCGGCACUUUGUGUGUCUUUGAAAGCGUGUUCUAUCUCCCCUACCUCCUCGCUAAUUCGCCCAACGCAUCCAUCCAGUGUCAUCAACUCGCAAGACCUUCCAAAACCAUUGAAGUGAGAUACAAAAGGGUACAAAGAUAUCACCAAGCCUCCUCUUCCCUUGCGGGAAAUUAAAGAGAAGAUAAAUCCCCCAUCCUUGGAUAAUUCAGACACCGCCAAAUCUCGGCACGCCGGGGACGGCAGAGGUAAGCUCUAGUGCAAGCUCCAACUCUUCUUCCAAACUCACUCUUCCUCCCCUUUUAAGUGGAGAGAUGCCUAUCGAUCAAUAGGAUCUCCAUCUUCCAAAGAAUCCAUUAAACAUGCACUAGCCCCAAAAGCGUGCUCCCUCAACUCAAAGACAUCAGUAAUUUCACAAGUUGACGAGUUUAUUCGCCCACUAUCACAAUUUCGAAAACGUUAGCCUCCCAUCAGAUCCAUGCGUCAGCUUCUCGGGGCACCACCGCCGGAAAAUGGGGGCAAGCCGCAAGGCAGCGGGUAUGACGGCGGCGGGGAUGCCAACUUCGACACCAACAUGGUCAUCAUCCUGGCUGCGCUGCUCUGCGCUUUAAUAUGUGCUCUCGGUCUCAAUUCCAUCGUGAGGUGUGCUCUCCGGUGCGGCCGCCGGCUCGCCUUCGAGACCCAAGAGGAGGCUGCCGCUAGGCUCGCCGCCACCGGGCUAAAGAAGCGGGCGCUGCGACGCAUCCCGGUGGCGGUCUACGGACCGGGGGUCAACAUACCUGCCACCGACUGCCCGAUAUGCCUCGGGGAGUUCGCCGACGGCGAGAAGGUCCGGGUCCUGCCCAAGUGUCACCACGGGUUCCAUGUCCGGUGCAUCGACACGUGGCUUGCUUCGCACUCGUCGUGCCCGACCUGCCGGCACUCGCUGCUCGACCGGGCUGACGGCGACGGGGCCGACGCCGGAAAUAGGACGGCAACGCAGGAUGACGGCGUGGCGGUGGCGGUGGCGGUGGAUGAGGUGAGCUGACCCUGGUCAAUUGGAGGUCUUUGUUACCUCUAAAAGCUUCCUAGAUUUGUUCCUGUAUAUUGGAGAGUUUUGUGUUAUUUUUCUUUGCUUUUAUUUUGUUCUGACUGUAAAUUUUUAGGCUGAGGAAUAGAGGAAUGAUGAAAGUGGAGAUGGUAGGAGAUUUUUUUU